AUGAAUAUUGAAUGGCAACAGGAAUAUCACGGUUUUGCAAUGGGCAUGAGCUUCAGCGCAUUGCAAAGCAAAUCGAUGGAGGCGAACGGAUACCAGAAGCGUGGAAUCCGGUAUCUGCACUUCCAAAAGGUGAACGACGUGUACCAGACAUUUCCCGGUCCACCACUGAUCACCGCAACGGUCGAGGACUACGGGGCCAGUUUCAGCACGGAGAUGUUCUUCCAAGAUGGCAUAGACGGAAAUAUUUCCAUGACAGAGCUAGACAUGUGA